AAUAACUGCUUGAUAAUUAUUAUUAUUUUACUUUUCGUUAUGAUGGGAUCCCGUAUAUGGGCUUAUAAAGUCCAGGAAAUAAUAGCAGAGUCUGGAAGGAAUGCCAGUCUUUUAUGUCAAUUUCCAAAUAACAACCAUAUAUCUCUAAACUGGACCAGAGUUGACCACAUGGAAAAAUAUGUCUAUUUACACCGGGACGGGCACUUUGAUCCAUACAACCAGCAUCCAUCUUUUAAGAACCGGGUGGAUCUGCAGGACAGACAGAUGAAGGACGGAGACGUGUCUCUGAUUCUGAUGAAUGUGACGAUUAAUGACACUGGAACAUACGAGUGUCGUGUCUUCGUGGGAGAAACAAGCUCAUGGAAAUCCAUCAGCAUCAUCUCCCUGAGAGUUGUUGUUCCUCCAGGUGAGUGA